AAUAAAACGAUCUCAACUUUCCACUUAGGCCUUCUGUAGCUGCAACCUUUGAGGUUUAUACAAAAUGAUGCCGUAUAGACCCCUUGUGUGUCUUCUCUAUCUAUGUGGAUACGAAGUUGCUUAUGGUUUUUAUGUGGAUUUGUUUCCAAUUCUUUUGUGGUCACAAUUAGACAUGAAUUCGCCCCCACCGGUACUCAAAAAUUGUCCGAGCAAUAUUGCAGUUACUGCGGACAAAGGAAAAAGAAGUACGCAGGUGUAUUGGACUAAACCGACUGAGAUUCAUCAUUACAGAGUCGAACACACCCAUCAACCCGGGGAGAUAUUUUAUAUUGGUAAGACAUGGGUCACACACGUUGCCCGGAUUUCGAACGGAGAUUAUGCCGAAUGUUCUUUUUCAAUCACUGUUUCAGUGACCAGAUGUCCAAAAAUGUUCUUAAGUCCUAAUGUGUUGAUGUUAUGCAACCAUUAUGACCAAAGAUAUGGGACAACUUGUGAAUUUGAGUGUCCACCGGGGUAUUCCAUUCAAGGAUACAGCAGGAUUUAUUGUACUUCUACGGGAAACUGGGUCAAACCACCCCCAGUGUGUAAAGUCACCUUCUGUCCCCCACUUGGCUCGGAUACAUGGGAGUACAGAUGCACUAAAGGGUCGGAGUUUGGAAGUCAGUGUUACCGGAUCUGUCCUGUUGGAUAUGAUAUUCCACCUGGAAAAAGUCGGGUUAUUUUAUGUCAAGGAAACGGAAGAUGGAGAGGAACAUUUCCUGACUGUAUAGAUGUAACAAACCCAAUGAUGAUAAAAUGCAAACCGUUCGCAAAUGCUGUGGCAGAUUCGAAUUCUAAGUGGGGAACAAUAACGUGGACAGAACCUACAGUAAUAGAUAACGCAGACAAAGAUAUAAAAUGGACAAGAAUUGGAAGUAUUGCUCCAUGGGAUCGCAUCGAAGUUGGCACAUACCAAGUCACCUAUACUGCCCAAGAUAAAGCUGGAAACAAGGCUAGACCAUGCAAAGUAGAACUAUCAAUGAAAGUUUUAACCUGUCCUAGUCUGUAUAACAAUAACUUCCUAUCGGUGACAUGCCCGGACGGAUUCCAGAAUGGCGGAAAAUGUUCCUUCUCGUGCAAGAUUGGAUCGGAAUUAAUUGGGCAAAAUAUAACAACCUGCGGAAAGAGCAAAGAUGGAGAUUUCGCAAUCUGGGACUUUAAAGACAAGUACCCAUACUGCGAAGUUCAUAGACGUUGUGUCAAUGACCUGGAUCCACCAAAAAAUGGCGCCGUAGCCUGCGAUACCUGGUUAGAUGGGAAAUUUUGUCAGGUCCAGUGUCACAAAGAUUACGACUUCAAGCCUGGCUACCCAUUCUAUGAAAUGCUGGUUUGUGGAGACAGUGGAAAAUGGGAGCCGGAAACGGCUAUCCCUAUUCCAGACUGCUCAAAAACAUACCAAGUCAACACUGCAACAUUCAAGAUGUCAUCUUCAUUUUAUUUUGAUGGGAAUUGUAUGGAUCCAAAGGUUCAAGAACAAAUUCAAAAGAAUUAUAUCGAUUCUCUGUCAAAUUCCAGUUUCAAAGCAGCUUGUGAGAAAUACAAAAGCCAAUGUAAAAUGGGAAAUGUCAAGGUAAUAUGUGGCGCAGUGACGAGGAAAAGAUCAGCCGAAAUGAAAAUUGAAGUAGAAUUUGUUAUAGAAGCCGACGGGUCUCAAACAGAGCAAGGAUUUGAAGACAUUCAGGAUGAAAUGCUUGGAGUUCUAACGAACGAGACAGAAAAUGGAACUCUCGCGAUAGUUCUUGACGGCAACGUGACUUUGAUAGCCACUGAUAUGGCUGCAGAGAAGGUUGUUUUCCAGUGUCCUAACAACACUUUUGCAUCUUACAAAACUUCCUCUUGCGUUGAAUGCUCAGCGGGAACACAUUACAGCACCACCCUUCAAUCCUGUCCCCAGUGUCCCAAAGGCCAGUACCAACCGUCCGAGGGACAGCCCUACUGUCUAAUGUGUCCCGAAGGGAAAACCACUGCACAGAGGGGGGCUAAAUCCGAGAGUGAAUGUUUAGAGGCAUGUCCGAGAGGACAGUGGUCGGUGACAGGUGUGACCCCCUGCUCGCCCUGUCCCCUGGGUUCAUAUGGUGAAGACAUCGGCUCAACUGUGUGUGCCGCUUGCCCUAUAUCGCAAACAACAUUGACUCAGGGUAGCAGUAAUAUCACCGAUUGCUCAUAUUUCGACAUUUUCUUGAGUUCCUCGGAGUCAAAGGCGGUUUCUGAUAUUAAACUGAACUGGCAAAACACUUCUAAAAUUGUCUUAAGUUCUUGGGUUCGGUUUCCCGUAUCUUUAAAUUCCACAUCACCGACUUUGUUUUUCCGUGUAAACGGUAAUGUAGCAGAAACACUUCCAAUCGAACCAAUGAAUAAUACUGAUCCGGAAAAUGAUGAAAUUGGUAGGAUAUUAAUCGAUGAAAAAGAAUGGACAUUCGUUGUGCGCUCUAUUGAUAUACAGAAGUUCAAACGUUUGGGAGUAAACGAAAAUAGCACUUUUGCAAUCACAAUACAAGGUCCCCUGGUAGUAUCUCAGUUUAACAUUUGGUCUGCAAGUUAUGACGAAGAGAAAUUACGUAAUGAGUCUAACCGCUGCGUCAUCAACGAGACAGGGGACGUCUUCCCAUGGAAACAGUGGGAAAAUGCUCAUCUGGAUGGGAGUUGGAUACAGAUACCCAGCAUGUGUGACGAUAUAAAUGAGUGUGAUGAGCAUCCAUGCGGAAAUAACACGUGUAAUAACGAACUUGGUGGCGUCACAUGCGAAUGCAAUCUGGGAUACCGAGGGACCUAUUGUGAGGAGAAUAUAGACGACUGCUUGACCAGCAUAUGUCAGAACAAUAGCACGUGCGUGGAUGGCAUCAACGAAUAUUCGUGUAUUUGCCCUCCAAACUACAAAGGGGAUUUAUGUGAAACGCUUUUCUUACAUGGUAAUUGGAGUAAAUGGGACGAGUGGUCGCAAUGCUCUGAAACAUGCGGCAACGGGACAAAAUCUAGAAAGAGAUAUUGCACCAAUCCUGCCCCAUAUAACGGCGGGAAAUUUUGCACUGGCAACAACACGGAAGUAACCCACUGCAAUGUCAAAGAAUGCCCAGUAUGUAGCGUUCCUGAGGCUCCCGAUAAUGGUACUUUGAAUUGUACUGGUAGCCCACACACCGGAUUCAACUGUACAAUCGCAUGUAAUAGCGGUUUUAGUUUCGAUAGGGGCGUUAAACCUUACUACGAAUGUGGACCAACUACGCUCUUCCUGUGGGACUUCAAUUCUGAUGACAAUCCGAACGGCGACCUACCGACGUGUAACCCUGUACAGGAAAGCAAAGAGCUUUCGGCCAACUUCAGAGCUCUGUAUGAGGAUCUCUACUGUGACGAAGAAAAUAAUGACAUUAUCAAUGCUAAGAUAAAUGUGAACGUCGAAUUGUUCCUCGAGGAAUUGCCUUGUAGACAGAAAAUGACGUGCAAUACUACCGACUUCGUCAUUCUUAAUUGCGGCAAAGAACCAACUAGAAAGAAAAGAUCUCCUGACCCAUCCAAGAUGACUGCUGGAUUUCAGGUCAAAUUCUCGUGCUCAGCGAUGACACUGGGCUCCGAAGUUUGUGCAGAAGAACUAAUAUGGGCCAUAACAAGUUUUGAAGAACCGGCUUCCAGAUCCAAACUUGCCGUCAACGUUAGCAACACUAUGUAUGAAAUCGACUCCAAGCAGACGAGUGCCAGUGGGGAGGUGCAGUGUGAUCGUGGAUACGUCAGCUCAGGGAUCAGCUGUGUUCCGUGUGGAGUGGGGAACUUUUUCUUGGAUGGACUGUGUAGAAAAUGCGAGUACGGAUUUUACCAAGACGAGAUGGGACAGACAGGGUGUAAACAGUGUCCCUCCGGAACGACAACGCCCGGCCGAGCGUCCAGGGUGGCAGAAAGUUGCUCGGUGAAAAUGAUACUGGAAGAAGAUAACAGUGAGUUAUACACUGGAAUAGGAACGAGUAUAGCGACCCUUGUAGUGGUUGUAGCCAUAAUGACAGCUAUCAUCUUCAAAGUCAGAAAACUGGAGCUGAAGCUCGGAGAAGGUGCUGUGAAACUCCAGAAGAAGGACUGCCAGCCGGAUGCCUUUAACUUCCAAGAAGAAGAUGCCAACGUUGUCAGUCUGUGUACCAUCAGACGCCUGGACGAUAAUGGCGUCCCUCUCACCUAAACGGUCCCCGGCUCCGACGCCAACAGCAUUUUGAAGAUUCAGCUCUUAAAACGUCAGUGUAUAAAAUCAGAUCCGAUGCUGACACGUUGGCCGGAUCUUGUCUUGUGACGUCAUUGUUUGCAUGCUCAGUUUUUCGUUUGUUUUUUUUUAAAUAAUUUUAAUUUCUGCAAGAUUAUCCAUCAUGUGAAAUGGAACUUUGGAAAGUUGUUUUUGUGCCCACGCGUUAUAUAUAAUGUACAUUGAGCAUUUAAUGAUUACAUAACUUGUUGUAUAAUUAUGUUUUUACACGUUUGUGAUAAUGGUUUGUUUGUGGUAAUUCUUUAUUAAUUUUAAGCUGUAUAAAAACUCAGCUUAUAUCCAGUGCAUGCGAUACAGUAUAGACCAUUUCCUGAUUUUAUUGAUUAUAUGGUUAUUUUUAAAUGGCUCAUUCUAGUGUAUUGAAUAUGUAUUAUUUGACUUUGGAAUUGGUGAAUAAUACAUGAAGUACUUCCAAGGUUAUUUUCAAAAGAUAAAAAAACUUUUCACUAGUAUCCUCAACUGUUGUUACAACAGAUGGGAAAAGAAAAGAACCGAGAGAACUUUAUCUUAAGUCAUCAGCUAUGUCGCAAAUCAUAACAAUUAUCUCCAUUUAAAAGGGUGUGCUCCAUGUUGAAACCAAAACCUGGUUAAUUGGUUUCGUCUUAAAUUCUUUUUUGUUUGAAAUCUUAUCCAAAUCCAUUCACUAAAAUAAUACAGUGUUUCUUUUUUAAGGAGAGGUAAACGAGCUAACACCCAUAGAACCGCCUUGUUUAAAGUUUUUAAAGGUUUGUUUAUCGACUGAUUUCUAAUCCGCGACUGGUUUUUAUCAAAUGUCUGUUUUACAUUUUAGUUGGAUAUUUUUUCCGCAUUUAAGAAGGAAACUUUUCACGGAUGUAUUGUUUGUUUGUCAUACUACACUAAUAAAUAUUUAAAAAGUAA